AUGGAGGGAGCUUCAACGUAUAACAGAGGUUUACAACUGAAAAUCUCGUCAACCAUGAGGCAAAGAAGAAGUGGUUAUGAGCCAUCAGAUACGGAGACAGACUGGACGUUGGAGAAGAGUCCACCCCUGGAAGCAAAUAUGAAGAAUGAAAAAAACAUGGAUUCUGAAGAACCUGAACCGGAAGAGCCAAGUGUAGCAUUGGAGAAAGCAAAGGAUAAUAAUUCUUUUAAUUUAAGCUGGAGGACUACUGUUCCAAGUGCUGCUAGAAGGAGAACUACUAAGUCUCCUUAUAGGCCUCGCAGAGAUAUGGAUGAUGGUGAAUUUCAUUCUUCUCCCAAGGCUUUACCCAGAAGUGUUAGCACAUUUUCACGCAGGCCUGAUCAUUCAUAUUCUCGUAGAAAUAUUAGUCCUUUUCAAAAAUCUGAGAACCAUAGACAUAUAUCUCCAUAUAAAUAUGCUGGUGACGAUCAUGAGGGGAUUUUUGCUGAGUCAAAUAGGAAGAAAAAUCAAUCACAAGGUAAUAAUAAUGUUCAUAGUAGAUUAGGGGAGAAAUCAAAUUAUAAUCGAAGGUACGCUUCUGCUCCUAGACCUGAUAGACAACACAAGUUUGAUGCGUCCAAGGAGCGAAGGAAAGCAAAUAAUAAGACACCAUCCCAAUUGCCAGUUAGGAGCUUAUCGCGGAAAGAAAGGGAAACUCCGAGUAAACAUGGACCUACAGGAGGUGAAAUUAAUGAAAUGAUUGCCGAAGCAAAGAUUUCUGGAAGCACUACUGGUGCUAAUCGUAUGUUUGAAAGCACAGAAACUGUUUCACCUGGUGACGUUUUCUUUUCUCGGGACUAUGAAGCCUUGAACAUGCAGAAAAUUACUGAAAGGAAAUUCGAUAAAAAGCCUCAGGCACUGACUGAUAGAAAUGUUGAAUCAGUGCAAACACCUGCUGAUUUCAAUCAGAGUGGAAGAAGGAAUUUAUCUAGUAGUACUAUGACUCAAAGAACUAUAAGGACAAGCACUUUCGUAAGUAGGCAGAGCAGUAAUUUGAGUGAUGCUAGUGGAAGGACAACUAAAAGUAUGAGAAAUUUCACCGCGAACAGGCAAAAGAGUCAAUCAGAAGCAUGGUUUGGUUGUAUCAAGAAGGGAGCUUGCAGAAGUUCAAGAAGAGAAUCUCCAGAAAAAGGGCGUCAGAUUGAUGAAGCUUUAGUAAUUGCCAAGGCAUCUGUACUUCAAAGCUUGAGACCCUUCUGGGCUGACAAGCAUCAACCUUCUUCACUGGAAGGAUUUACAUGCCAUAAGCAAGAAGCUCUACUACUUAAAGACCUGGUUUCUUCAAAUGAAAUCCUUCCACAGAUCUUAUUCAAGGGACCUCCUGGUUCUGGGAGGAGAUCACUCACGAUGGCUCUUUUGCGUGAAAUCUAUGGAGAUGCAAUCUGCAAUGAAACAAGGCCAGUGCAAGUUGUUGUACCAGUAAGCUCAAGUCCUCACCAUAUCGAGCUCAACGUUCAGUUGGAGCCUAACGCUAGAUAUGUGAUAAUGGCUUUAGUUAAGCAAGUAACUUCAGAGUAUGCGCUGACCCCUGAAAUCAGCAGAGUAAAUAAGAAGGCUGAUUACAAAGUAAUAGUUCUUUAUAAUCUGGACAAAGCAGCUGAGAACAUACAGCACCUAGUUAAAUGGAUAAUGGACUGCUAUUCAGAUGCUUGCAAACUCAUUCUCUGCUGUGAAGAUGAUGUAGCCAUACUUGACUCGGUGAAAAGCCGAAGCAAAGUUUUUGAAGUUGCAGCUCCUGUAACUCAUGAAAUCAUGGAAGUUCUUAUUCAGAUAGCAAGAAAGGAAGCUUUUGAACUACCAAUGGGCUUUGCUGCUAAGAUAGCAGCCAAAUCAAAGCAAAACAUGCGGAGAGCAAUUAUGGCUCUUGAAGCCUGCAAAGCACACAACUAUCCUUUUGCUGAAGACCAACCAAUUUCAAUGGGAUGGGAAGAAGUAGUAACAGAACUUGCAGCAGAAAUUCUAGCUGAUCCCAACCAAACAAGGUUAUUUUCUGUUCGAGGGAAAUUCCAAAAACUUUUGGUGGAGUUUGUGCAUCCAAAACUUAUUCUCCUGAAACUAGUUGAAGAAUUCAUUAAGAGGGUCGAUGCUAGUAUAAGAAGGGAAAUUCAUUACUGGCAUGCUUAUUAUGAGAAAAGGCUCCCCCUUGGAACAACUGCUUUGUUAAAAUUAGAAGAAUUUGUGGUCAAAUUUAUGAGCAUAUACAGGAAAAAUUUAAGCAACCGUCAGCAGUUUUUAUAAUUCAUGACUACACAUGGACGCGCGCUAGUCUGAUUGAGCGAAGGCUCAAAUUUUGGUCCUACAAAUCUUCCUCUUUUAUCAAACACUCUGUCUUCAUAACAGAACCAUUAUUGGCAGAUUGUUAUGAUAAUCUUGUGUUUAUAUGUUGAUGCAAGAC